AUGUUAAAGAAGUGGAUAGAGAGACAGGAUGACAAUGUUGUGAUGUCAGCUGUAUAUCAGGCUGAAACUUCAGACGAAGAUUGGAUCGGAAACCCCCUGAUGCAUACUAGAGAUACGGUGAAGGAUGUGAACAUAUCUCGUAAACUUAACCCAGAGCAAACUUGUGAGUUGUGGGAAGUUUUAGAACAAUUUGAUUCUAUUUUGACACACGUUCCAGGUAGGACGAAUAUGCUUAAACACAAACUGAUUACUACUAGUGAAACAUCAAUUCAUCAGAGACCGUAUCAGAUUCCCCAUUCUCUUCGCGAUGAAGUGAGGAAGGAAUUAGAUGCAAUGUUAGAGGCAGGUGUUGUAGAACAGUCAGAUGCAGGUUUAACGAUAAAUCCCAAGAAAUGUGAGUUCGGAGCUAGAGAAAUGGAAUUUCUCGGUCAUAUAGUUGGUCGUGGACAGGUAAAACCAACGUCAGACAAGGUGAAGGCUGUAUUGGAUAUCCCCGCUCAAACAAAGAAAAAAGAGAUGCAAGCGACAGAGGGCUGGGGGCGGUAUUGCUACAAGAGAAAAGUGGUGAGUAUCAUCCGGUGGUAUAUCUCAGUAAAAAGCUUCUUCCUAGAUAACAGCACUUUGCCACAGUGGAGAAAGAGUAAGUAUUGCGUGGUCAGUACAGCGUCUGCAAAAGUAUCUGUAUCGUAG